UUCGGUCAGAGCGCGACUACCAGUAAGUCUGUGGUUGCGUAUCGACGUUGCAAUCGUAAAAUACAAAUAUUAAUUGUUUCUUAGUUUUCCAUGAUAAACAUGCAAAGAGUUAUCGUGUUGUUGUCAUUUGUAGCGGUCGUGUGUGGUGUCCAAUAUGACGGACUUAGAGCAAAAUUCGGUUGGACGGAUGCCCUGGCUGAUAUGGAGUACUUCUUCAAAAUUCCUCGCACCAUCACUGACGUGGAAACCGAAGGGUGGCUGCGGACUGAGCGGCCAAAGGGUCCUCUGCCAGAGCUGAGGAUGUACUGUCCUCCGGGAAAAGGGCUCUGCUCCCUUUAUGAUACAGCUGGCUUUGUUGCCGGAAUCAUGCUUACUUUUCCAGCUGACGCAUUAGAGACUGCAUUGCCUCCUGAGAAGAACCUCGUUAAGUGGUCAGCUCCGGCUGUGGAAGGCGAACCAGCAAGAGAAUAUUGGACUGCUACACAGUUCUUUGUGUCUGAAGAGUCCCUUAAGGCUGGUGCUGGUCCUCAAGUGGAAAACGGAGCUACACUGCAAGACGGUGGAGUAUGGGUUGUGGGACACGACGCACGUCUGAUGCGUAUACCUAGCACGGAAGCAGAGCUAAACAGCACCACCUUCAAAAAGCAAAAUUGUAUUCCUAAUAUGGGUACACAUUACUAUUACAACAUGACCCGUGACCUUAAAUGUGACGAUUUCUUCCCAUGGUUCGCGAUGACGACACAGGGUGAUAUGGUUGGCACGGGAUUCCAAAUGGUGGGCAGAAUGCCCAAGCCCAAGAACGCAAGGAAUUGGUUUGAUGAUAUUCCCAACCCCAAACAAGGCAUGUCGAUAGGGAUACCUCAUGCUCCUCAAUGUCUCCUUGAAAGCGCAGAAAAAUACGGAAUAAUCUCAAUACAUGUUUAUUUCGUCGAUGAACCCUGGAAGAUAAAGUGCCAGGCCGGGGACUCAAUCAAGGCAGUUCCAGCAUUAGACCGCCUUCUCCUCAAUGGCUACAAAUACGCAAGCCAAAUAUCUGAUGAAGUAGUGAAAUUAUUUAGCGGUUAAAAUAGUCCCAAUUGUCUCAAAAAUCAAAAUAUAUUUAAUUAUUGUCUUAAGUUAUAGUGAAACUUUUUGUAUUGCAACAGUUUAUUUAGUUAUACUGCAAUUAACCGCACAUCAACGGUUAUACCUGAGACCACCAAAAGUAUACUUAUUUCGUAGUAAAUAUGGGUAGAUCUUGCUUAUCAGCUACUGUUCUUGAUGUGUGGUUGAUAAAUUAAUGAUCUUUUCCCACCUUUAAGUGUUAUUAACUUAUUUAUGUAUCAUCUACAUCCAUUGCCAAAGGAUACCGUUACACAUGCUAAUAUCAAACUCAAACACAUACUUCAAUUGAGCACCUGUCACUUAGUAACAGGUGUAUUAAAAACGUGUUUUAAGUAUGGGAGAGCCAUGCCUAGACACGAAUGGACCGGCUUGACUGAAGUGAUACUACGGACUCACAGAAAACUGACGUGAAACAAAGUUUCCGUUGUGUUUCUUCAUGUAUGUGAGGUUACCAGUGGCCCAAUUAUCCUCCCCCUUCCCUAAUCUCUUCAAUCCCUGAAUCCUCAACUUCAAAUUUCUAAUCCCCAAAA